CUGCCGUGGGAUUCCACUUGUUGUUACCCGAAGCACCGCACCGGCUUCCUCUCGUCGCCUUCUCCUCCCUCGAUGGCGAUCUCGAUGCAGCUCGCUCGCUUCUCCCCCAGCCUCGCACACUCCCGCGUCCGAUCUGCCCCCUUAUCGAAGCCCACGCUCACCGUCCGUUGCAGCGGUGGCGCCGGGCUCGAACCGGACUUCGACAAGAAGGCCUUCCGCCAUAAUCUUACUCGCAGCGAUAACUACAACCGCCGUGGGUUCGGGCACAAGAAGGAGACCCUCGAGCUCAUGAAUCAGGAGUACACGAGUGAUGUGAUCAAGACGCUGAAAGAUAACAACUACGUGUACACUUGGGGGGACGUGACUGUGAAGCUCGCGGAGUCCUAUGGGUUCUGCUGGGGUGUUGAGAGAGCGGUCCAGAUCGCUUACGAGGCGAGGAAACAAUUUCCUGAAGAGAACAUCUGGAUUACCAACGAAAUCAUCCAUAACCCGACGGUCAACAAGAGAUUGGAAGAGAUGGACGUGAAAAACAUUCCUGUUGAGGAGGGGAAGAAACAAUUUAAUGUUGUUGACAAGGGUGAUGUUGUAAUUUUGCCAGCAUUUGGAGCCGCUGUAGAUGAGAUGUUUACCUUGAGCGAAAAGCAGGUUCAGAUAGUUGAUACUACUUGUCCAUGGGUUUCAAAGGUCUGGAACACUGUUGAGAAACAUAAGAAGGGUGAUUAUACUUCAAUCAUUCAUGGUAAAUAUUCACAUGAGGAGACUAUUGCCACAGCCUCGUUUGCAGGAAGAUAUAUUGUUGUGAAGAACAUGACUGAGGCAAUGUACGUGUGUGACUACAUUCUUGGUGGGCAAUUGGAUGGGUCUAGCUCCACAAAAGAAGCAUUUCUUGAGAAAUUCAAAUAUGCCGUUUCUGUUGGGUUUGAUCCAGAUGUCGACUUAGCUAAAGUAGGCAUUGCAAAUCAAACCACAAUGCUCAAGGGCGAAACGGAGGAAAUAGGUAAAUUGGCUGAGAAGACCAUGAUGCGAAGAUAUGGGGUUGAGAACAUCAAUGAUCACUUUGUCAGCUUCAACACUAUUUGUGAUGCCACCCAGGAAAGGCAGGAUGCUAUGUUCAAGUUGGUGGAAGAGAAACUUGAUCUCAUCUUAGUCGUUGGUGGAUGGAACUCUAGUAAUACUUCACAUCUCCAAGAGAUUGCUGAGCUCAGGGGUAUUCCUUCUUAUUGGAUUGACAAUGAACAAAGAAUUGGCCCAGGAAACAAGAUCACCUAUAAGCUAAAUCAUGGAGAGCUUCUUGAGAAAGAGAAUUGGCUACCUUCUGGACCAAUUACAAUUGGUGUCACUUCAGGUGCUUCUACUCCUGAUAAGGUUGUGGAGCAAGCAUUGAAGAAGGUUUUUGCGAUUAAACGUCAAGAAUCAUUGCAAGUAGCAUAAUUUUAGAGGGGAUCUGGACUGGAGGAAUACGUUUUGAGAUGAAGCGCCUACUUGUACAGUGCCAGCAUCAACAAUACGUAUCUGGCUUUGUUCUUCCAGUAUAUACGGAAAUAUUGUAAUCCACAAUUUAUGAUUCUAUUUCAUCUAACAUGCCUGAAAUUUGGAAUGAAAUCCUAGCUAGGGCUUCAACA